GGGAGUGUGUGUGGGUGCGUGCGAGUCGUGAGGAAGCGGGAUAUGUUGCCUUGCAAAUGAUGCAUUAGAAACAAAGAGCAAACCCACGGCCGUUGGCUGUUUUUGAUGUACGCCCUUUUAUCGCUGUGGGUUUAUUUACUUGGUACAAAGUGCUCGCCCCACGCGCCUUUACGCAGAGCUUCAUCCGUGCGCGCACAGAACCUCUACUAUCUAGUCAUGGGUGUCCGGUAUGUCAAAUUCAUCCCCGCUGUAGGGCUGCUGAUUCUGGCAAUAGUUGGGAUCCUGCUGGUUGUCCUACCUGCCACAGAGACCGAGAUGCCUCCUGAAUAUAUGGUGAGAAAAGCUUUUUGUAUGUUUACAACAUCUGACACAUACGAAAAAAAUAUUCUUGAUGUGAUUUUAUGACAAGUAGCGAAAGGAUGCACCAGUGUUGAGACUUGUGAUUUGAAUCUGCAGUCACAUAUUUUCAUGCAUGCAUACAUUAGACCCUGUGGUUGUCACAGAUGUUGAAGCUGGCGUUUCCUUUUGCUGUAGGUCUGUCAGGAAACAAAAAAAUUCAUGAUUCGUGUAAGGUUGACUGUGUGUUUUAACUGUUUUUUGACUUGAGAAGGUGUGAGAUCUCCUCCAAUACCAUUUUCAAUUUCAUUUUCAGCUAUUUGCAAACUGUAGAAUUACAAAUAUUUAAAAAGCAUGUCUUCCUUGCACUCUCUUUGAGAUGCAUCAGAAAAAUUUUCCAAUUUCCAUAAUGGAAAUUAGAAAUAGGUUUAAAAAUGAAGAUCAUGCUGUGUUGGGUAAGAAAUCAAUUAAGAUAAAAAUGUAAGAUAAAAGAAAUCAAUUAAGAUAAAAAAAUUUCUAUGUCAUUAUUUUUCAACAGCAAAAGUGUAACCGGUUUGCUGUGUGACAGAUUGCAGAUUAAAGUCACCUUCGCGCUUAUUUUUUUUUUUUGUAGACCUAGUCAAUCUGUUCUUUUGUUUCUAUUGGUAUCUAUUUAAAAUUGCUAAUGCAUAUUUAUGUAUAAUAUAUCCAUGUACUUAAGUUCAUUUAAAGUGUCAUUGAGUUGCUAUGGUAAAAUGGGGCUCCAUUUUUUUAAAGGCUCAAUAUUAGUAGUCUGCUUUCAUGUAAACUUAUAAAGUGGUAAGAUAAGUUUUUAUUAUUUUAUCUUAUAAAGUGGUGUCAAAGUUAAAUAAAUGACACGUUUCCACUACUGUCAGAAUAAAAAUAGGUUUAAUUUGUUUGUAGCCUGUGUCUCUCCUAAAAUAGAAAAUAAUUCAGUGAUCUUGCAGUUGUCAGUAUAAAGGCUACAAACCUGGUCACAGUGGUUUCCUGGUUCAGUCUUCAGCUAUGGCCUUCUGCUGCAUGUUUUCCCCCUCUCUUUACGCUCUACAUUUCCUGUCUAUCUUCAGUUGUCCUAUAUAGUAAAGGUGAACAUGCCCUUAAAUAUAACUUUUAAAAAUAUAGCUAACAACUCAUCGACUGUUAUCAUAAAUGACAUGAUCUGGCAUAAAAAUGUCACAAUAUGAGCCUCAUAUCAUCCUGAUACGAACUUCCUCGGACUUGAGUGUGUUGGCUUAAUGCAUCAAGUGAGACAUGCAGCCCCAACCACACUGCCUGCUGUACCAACCACAGCUUUUAUACAGAGGAAGUUAUCAAACAGACAGACAAAAUGCACUGUCAGUUUGCUUCCUAUGAGAUACUUCCUAAAAAAUUAGGAUGGCAAAAAUUUUACUUGUUACAUUACACCAUCAGGGACUUUGUUUGCAGACUGUCUGCAGUAAGGCUGCUAGACUCCUCAACCUCUCCUCAUCCUCUGUAUCAUAUAUUAAAAACAAAGUUAGAGGUCUUAUCUUAUGCAUAUUAUACACAAUACCAUACCAGUACCAUAUAUGUAAAAUCCUGUAUGUUUUUACAUACCAAGGUUUGAAAGAUUUACUGGUUUGAAUUUAGUGUAUUCAAUUGAACAAAGGUAAAAAAUGAUGUGCAAUUAACUGUAUUCUGUUUUACACAAUGUUCUAACUUAAUUUGGAAUUAGGUUUGUUAUCCCCUUCUCUGUUUCAGUAUGGAGUCGUUCUGGAUGCAGGCUCAUCCCACACCUCCAUGUACAUCUACAAAUGGCCGGCAGACAAGCAAAAUGACACUGGUAUUGUUAGCCAGCACAGCGAGUGUCAUGUAGAAGGUGAGUGUGACAUUACACUGAGUGAACUUUAAAAUGAGGAAACUCUCUUACAUGGAUUUAUGUCGACCACAAAACUUUAUUAUUAACAGUAUGGUAGCCAAAUAUGACCAGACUUACAGUAAGUACACAUUUCCAAACAUAUUCAAUAUUUAAUUUAUGUUUCUAUACAUCUGAGUUAUUACCCAACAAUAUCUCUUUCACAGCUUUUGAGAAGAAAACACCCAAACACAGUCACUGACUAAUAUAAAAUAAUCAUAUAAAGAUAAAAGGUAGUUUAUUUGCACUAACAUUAUAACACCAAAAUAAAUGUAAUAACACUGACUUAGUACUGAGAGUGUGCUGGUUAGAUGAGUGGUAGAAAUCAUUCUCAUAAGCAGCGCUAAAAAAGUUUGAUGAUGCAUUUUCGGUUCACACUUUAAGUGUUUGUGUGACAUUCACUACAUUUUCGCUCUUGCCCAACCUCACUACAACAAUGACACAUCAUGAGCCAGAUCAAAGGUGUAGUCUUCAGACUUUGCACCAGCUGCACUGCCCAGAACUACACCAGUGGUUUGAUGUAUCAAAAGUGUCAAAGUAGGCAGUUAUACAGCUCAGUAUCAGACUAUAGCUUUUGUGGUCGAACAAAGUCUUGUUGUUUUAGCUACCUAAAUGUGACAUAAAUCCUCUCUUAAAUAUGAUUUUUUUUUUUUUGCUGAAAGCAGUCAGAUGUCUAAAGUACUAUCUUCUCAAGGUGUUAGAAGGUGAAAGAAGAUCUAAGAUAUUAUCUUUUAAACCUAUUUCUCAAAUGCUGGCUUGGAAACAGUCACAGAUCUUCAAAUAUGAUCUCAUCCAACAUAGACGCAGCUUGAGUAAAUUCAUGUUGUGGUGGUCAGCAAGAGGUGAUCCUAGGACAAGGAGAACAGAGAUUUAUAUCAGGUUCAAAAGUUUAACAGAAGUUAAAAAAGUCAGAGUUUCAAAGAAUACUCUCCAGAGCCAGGAGCACAGUUAACACGUGGUGAAAACUGAACAAUCAGGUGAAGACUGGAGUGAGGAGCCGGGUAAAAUGCACAGCAGGUGAUUGAUCAGGUGUGCAGCAGGAAAGGCAACAGGAGUGGCAGCAGUUGUGUGAUUACCGCAAACAGACAAACUACAGACUACACACACAAGGGAUGGGAAAAUUACAUAUACAGUGAAACACUGACCUUCAUUACAAAUCAAAAUGGCACAUUUUGUACUACCUCUUGAAGGAUACAAGAAUUAGAGCAAUACCAAGAAAUAUCUGAUGGACAAAUUCAACAAAAGGGAAGUCAGAAAACUUUUUUUCAUUUGUUUAGACCUGACUCACCCCACCACCCACCCACCCCCCAUGUCCUGAUAGUAAAGAUAAAGAUGUUCUCACUCUAACUUCCACAAUGCCAUCCUGUUGACCUUGACCCAAUGGAUUUACAGAACUGAGGCAGUUUCAAAAUGUUACAUCUUGUGCAAGACUUUUGUAUCUUAGGGUCUACUUCCUCAGCAGACAGGGCAUGCCUUCUUACUCAUUGCCCAUUAUUCCUGUUGCUUCAGUUUGUUUUCAGAGUCUCCUUAGAAACAUAAACUGGAGUUUCACCUCAGUUUAAUCUUCAAAAAACAGAAGUGCAGAUUUUCUAAAAGGUCAGGUCAAGUUCUUAUCAAGAAGAAUGACUUUCUCUUUCUGCCAAGGUGGAGGGAUAUCGAGCUAUGCAGGUGUUCGAGGAGGUGCAGCCAAAAGUCUGGAGGCCUGUAUGGAUCGCGCUGUAAAAGAAAUCCCCAAAUUCAGACACCAGCAGACUCCUCUCUAUCUGGGAGCUACUGCAGGAAUGAGGCUCCUGAGGUCAGUGAUUACUCCCAUUAAGAUAGGAUAUCUUACUCAAGACCACUAAACUCAUCAAGAAUGUAUUAAUGCAUUAAGGUGGACUUCAGCCAGACUUAACGAUCUCCAUUCAACUCUGACCACUUUUUUCAAAGCAUGGUAAACAGCUCAGAAUCCAGCCGGAUUCUGAAGGAAGUGGAAACCAAACUUAAGUCUUAUCCUUUCAAAGUCAAAGAGGCAACCAUCCUGAGUGGACAAGAAGAGGGGGCGUAUGGCUGGGUCACGGUCAAUUACUUAAUGGAAAACUUUGUCAAGGUGAGAUCUGACUCUUAACGUUUUCAUUCACUUUUGACAGUAAACUAUCUUUAUAUGACAAUGUGAAAUAAGAUUUUUGGACAUCCACAAUUACAAAACAGUCAGGAGAUUGUCUGAAAUGUUGAUAAAAACUGAAUUUGAUGCUUUAAAAAUCAUUCAAACCAAUCAUUUAAAUGUUAAAGCUGAAUUUUUUUUUGUUUUAUGAAGAAUAUUUGCAUAUUCUAUAUUUGAUGCCAGCAACAUGUUCAAAAAAGUCAGUAGCCUGUAAGGUAAAUUUGCCAUUGUGUGGCAACCCUCAUUAAAUGCUUGACAUUCUUUUCGGAAAUCAUGAGCUGCUUCUAUAGCGAGCAAUUAACAGUUUUGAUGUUAUUACUCCUCCAGUCUAUAGGAGAGACCUUGAGGAAGAUCAUCAAAAUAUCAUGUGUUUAGGUCAAAAGGCGUGGCCAUGGCGCCUUUUUAAACUUUGAUGGUUUUCCAGCGUAAAUGAACACUGAAAGGUAGUCACAAGUACCAGCCAUCAAAAAGGUUGCUGGUUUAAAUCAAACAAUUAAAGAAAGUUGUCCUUUAUUGUAUUAUUAUGCUAAUAAAUUAUCUUCUACCUUUGCCCCCCUCAAAAAAAAAAAAAAAAAAAAAAAAAGCCAAAGCUGAAUUAAAAACUUGAGAGCCCUGCUAAUUCACAUGCAAAUUGUUGUCAUUCAUUUUGAUUAUACUGUAUAAUAAUGGACUGAAUACUUGGUGUUUGUUUGCCAUUUGUUUUAGCCAAAGACUGAUAUUUUAGACACUGAAUUUUCCUAAAUUUAGCUCUACAUAGAUAUUACAGUGACAGUGGCAUUCUGUGAUAAGAUCCCCCUGAUAUCAAUGACUGUGAUCUCCCAGAUAGCGUGCCUGUGAUUGCAAAGGAGCUAUGACAGUGGAGAAAGACGCAGAUGUGGGCGUCUGUUGGGAAUUUGAGUAGAGCAGCCAGGAACAGAGUGGUAAUUCAGACAGACUGCAGCAGAUUUGUUGUUGUGCUGUCAGUUUGGACCAUGACGCCAAUGCAAAAGUAGACAUCGUGAAUUUGAUGUGAACAUCAGUUGUUUGCCAGGUGACUAACCGAUGGCCUCAGCUUACUCCUUUGUUUGUUUCUGCGUAGAAGUAAGUUGGACAAUCUUUUCAUGAUUUAUAUUUUAAUGUCUUUACUUGUCUUUCCAGUAUGGUUUUGUGGGGCGUUGGUUGAAUCCAGGCAGAAAAACAAUCGGUGCUUUGGAUUUGGGUGGAGCUUCCACUCAGAUCACCUUUCAGACAUCGGACAUGGUGGAGGACGAAGCCAAUGUGAUGGAGCUGAAGCUUUACGGACAGACCUACACACUGUACACCCAGAGCUUCCUGUGCUAUGGACAGGGCCAGUUCCUACAGAAACUUCUGGCUUAUCUCAUCAAGGUAAUGUUCAAUACUGCUUACAAUAACAGAUAAAUAUGGCUACUUAGACCAAAAUUGUCUAUUCUCUGUCAAUAGACUCUACAACAAGCUGCCAUAGAUUCAUAGGUCUAGUUUUAUGUUUCAGGAAAUAAUCUGAGCUGCUUUCUUGUGGGCUUGGAGGGCUUGGCUCAAGAAUCAAUAUCACUCUACUGAAUUCACCUUGAAUAACCUCAUCAUGUAUAAGUUGAUUAUCAUUCUGGCUUAAACUCCAAUGAAGCAACUGGCAAAGUGCAUAUAAACAUGUUUCCUUUUUUGAAACACAAAGAAAGUUAAUUUUGCUGAUAUUAAUAGGUGUUAAGAGUAGCAAAAUUCUCAAUAUGAGUACAUUUAAAGGGAUGAAUCAGUUUUCCAAUGGGGUUGUAUGAGGUACUCGUCAAUCGUGAUUGUGUUAGCCACAGAGUAUACCACUCAGCUAAGCCCUUCUGUUGAGAAAGUAUUCCUGACAGCAGCUCCUAUCAACUCACCUUAACAAACAGGAUGACACUUUAGAAGAAAGGAUAUCUCAUAUCUCUUAAAGCAAUAUUCCUGCAUCUCUUCAUGCAUCUCUUCUAGACUCAAGGUGUGAAGUCCAAGGUGUCCCAUCCCUGCUAUCCUCAAGGCUUCAACACUACCAUCACACUGGGAGCGGAUGUCUUUGACUCUCCGUGUACUAAGGAUUACAGACCAACCAAUUUCAAUCCCCUGAUGGUUGUAUCAGUGGUGGGCAAAGGAGAUUACCAGAGCUGCCUGGACAACAUUACAAAGAUGUUCUCCUUCACUAACUGCUCCUUCUCCAAGUGCUCUUUUGAUGGAGUCUUCCAGCCCAACCUGAGAGGAAGCUUCAUGGUGAGACACACAGACGACAGUUCUGACUGAUUAGUACCAUUCCAAUCCUCAAUGGCCACUGCUUAAAGGAAUAUUCUGGAAUAUCCCUUUACGGCAAUAGGCACUUUUGCCUUGUCAACAUAUUUUAAUACAUUCAUUAAGAGUAGACAAUCUAAUAAAUAAGUAGUAAGGUGAAAUUUUUUUUGCAAAAUUGUAAUGGUAAAUGUGCCAAACUUGAGGUAUGGAGGUAGUCGAGAUGAUAACUGUUGCUAUUCCCUUUUUAAGUUUGAUUGAUUUUAGCCCGAAUAGAAAGGGGUUGUUGUUUGUGAUUUGCAGGUUCUGGAAAAGGGUGUGUAUCUCUUGACUGACUCAGAGUCUCCUCUCUACAGGCUUUCUCUGCCUUCUUCUUUUCUCACAGCUACAUCAGCAACCUCACCAACAUCUCCCUAGCAUCACCUAAUCAAAUGAAGGAGGCAAUCCGACUCGUCUGCAACAUGAGCAUCUCUGAGGUAGUCAGCCACACUGCUGUCUGAGCUCAGCCCUUUUUAUAUCAACAAUUCUCAAACAUUAAAAAAGACCCAGUCCCAAUCUGCACCUUGAAGCCAAGUACUGAAUGCUAUCAGCUCAAAUGGCUGGGGGGGAUGCCUGGGAAGGCAGGACAUGACAUCAAACGCAAACAAUUGUUUGCCCUUGUAGACUUCUACAAGGGCAGCUCUCUUGUAUCCUCUCCUACCCCUCCUCCAAUUUCCUUCAUCUGUCCUUUGUCCUCCAAGAAGUGUUAAGAGCUUUGGACUGGCACUCAGCAUGGUGAGAGAAUAACCUUGGAAACCUGGGUUAGCACUUGUCCAAAAUAUGGCUCACAGGCAGCCCAUACAGUAGUAAGUGUAGAUUGGGAUUGGGUCAUAGUCAAGUGGUCAUUCAGUGUAGGCCCAAAUUGAAUAUUUUAAGUGCAGUUUAACUUUUACAAACUCUUUGAUCCCUGUAUUUUAAACUGCAGAUGACUGGCAUAACAAAACAGCCGAAGAAGUACAUGAAGAACGUCUGUGCUGUCGCCAAUUUUGUUCAGGUCCUCUUGACAAAGGGAUAUGGCUUUAAUGAGCAUUCAUUUCCUACAAUAUCGUUUCAGAAAAAGGUCAGGAACAUUUGAGAUGGUUUCAACUUUUUUUUCAUCAUUUAAUGGUCUUUCUCUCUGAAAUCCCUGAAACCAGGAUUUUAGUGCAAACAGUAAAGUUGUUUCACCCUGUCCCGUGUUUGUGUGUCUGCAGGCUGCAGGAGCGUCUGUUGGCUGGGCUCUGGGCUACAUGCUGAGUCUGAGCAGUAUGGUACCAGCAGAGAGACUUGGACUAAUGAAGGCUGUGCCCUCAGGACCCUGGGCUGGCAUACUCUUCCUCUUCAUCACUCUCCUCUUCUUUGCACUGGGAUACAUGGUGUUGAUCUACAGAAACACAAGAACUAAAGAAGGAAUGGUGUAAGAGCAAUAGCCUCUCAGAUUACUAACAUUUUCGUAUCAAACUUUCAAUCGGCAAAAUAAAAUUGCAUGAACGUGUAUCAAAAUAUUCAGCCAAGUAUUAAAAUGUCCUUCAUAACUUUGAUCUGUAAAUCUUUAAACUUUCUCCUCUUUUCUAAGAUUCUUGUCACUGUGAGAGAUUAAAUAAAGGGGAAAAAACAUGCUCUUUUAUAGAUAUCUAGACCUUUUCUGUUACAGCUUGACUGAUCUCUCAGAUAGCAAAGUGAAUCUAUCCUCAUGAUACCCUGGAUAGAUUACAAGACAAUGCCAGGUGCCUUCAAUAACUGUUGGUCAUUAUAGUUUAGAUUUUGGCUCUCCUCCACAUGCUAGGAUUGUGACUAAAAAAAUACUCUUUUAUGCAAGAUUUUGACCAUUUGUGGAUUUAGUAUGGACAACGUCUCUUUUGAUAUCAGUAUUAUCGCCUCUUAUCUUUGCUAUGAGAUAAUACCUCUUAAUUGUCUCUCUUUUUAACAUUUUUUAAUGUAAAAUCUGUGUUUCUUUUGUCAAAUGUUUGGGGUUUUUCUACAGAUGAUAUUUGCAAUCUUAUUUUUUAUGUUUUAAUGUAUCCCAAAUAAAAUGAAUGAAUUUAAAAACGUUGAGUCAAUGUGCUGUAAAAAUGUAUUCUACUUUACGUCAUUUCAUGACAACAUAAGCGGAUUGCUUCAUCACCUCAAUGUGAUAAAAACAGCUGCUAUGUUUUUUUCAGACAACUAACAGUGCCUAGAUUAUGAAAGAGCUUAAAGUUUGAUCGCUCUUUUUUUUCUAAUAAGACUCCCACAGUCGUCACAGUUUGAGUGGCUAUUUUCUCCUGUUUGUGUUGUUGCCAUACAAUAAAUGGACCAUUUUAAAAGUGCA